AUGGUUUCUUGGUGCCGCCGUUUCCUGGGAUCCAGGAACCCGCGGCUCUCCGAUCUUUCUGGGUUAAUGGGGGUUUCUUUUUCUCAGGAUGCUCUUCGGCGCGUUGGCCGUCUAAAUUGCAAAUGCCUACGCGACUUUGGCAACAUUGGUGGUCUCGCCUGCCACAAAAAGUUUAAACAUCCACAUGGAACUCCAAUUCUGCCGGCAACAACACAAGUAACCUUUCCACGAAAUAAGAAACGCCAGCGAGAUACGUCGCCACCGGAGCGUGAGAGGACAGAGAAAAAGUCCAAUGCGGAGUCUGCCAGGAGUUCUACGCACAUCUAG